UAAAAAGGGUUGGUGGCGACUGCGCACAGAUACAGUUUCACACCAUGAAGUGCUCCACAUCUUUGCCAAGCCAACACAAAUGUUGGUCUGUGCGCAAAGAGCGAGUUUAUGUAGACGAUAGACUAAGAAUUGCUCAAAUUUAAAGCUAGGUGGCAGCAGGUGAUCGUGCGCGCGGAUUGUUUCAGGAAAGUCAUGCACUUCUCCGGAGACGCAUUCUCCCCUUCAGAGAGCUCACUCACCCUCAUGGAAGAAAAUGUGAACAUAGCCUUCGACCCCACCGGCAAGCCGGGGACGAUGGAGGACCCUCGGAACAACACCGGCACUUUUGGGAACUCCAGCGACCCGUUUGGCCGGAACGAGGAGGUCGCCAAGAUCGAGAUCACGGUGCUUAGCGUGACAUUCUUCGUGGCUGUGGUGGGGAACCUGAGCGUGCUGCUGGCCAUGUACAUGAGCCGACGGAAGCCCUUGCGCAUGCACCUGUUCAUGAAACACCUGAGCCUCGCGGACUUGGCUGUGGCCUUUUUCCAGGUGCUGCCGCAGCUCUGUUGGGAGGUCACCUUCCGCUUCUACGGGCCUGACCUUCUGUGUCGUAUCGUCAAGCACCUGCAGGUGCUAGGGAUGUUCGCGUCCACCUACAUGAUGGUGAUGAUGACGCUGGACCGCUACAUCGCAAUCUGUCACCCGAUGCAGAACAUUCACCAGCCCACGCAGCGCGCCUAUAUGAUGAUCGGGGCCACCUGGGUGUGUAGUCUUGCCCUGAGCAUGCCCCAGUAUUUCAUCUUCUCACUGAGCGAGGUCCGCCCGGGCUCGGCCGUGUAUGACUGCUGGGGACACUUCAUCCAGCCGUGGGGUGUGCGCGCCUACAUCACCUGGAUCACCGUGGGCAUCUUCCUCGUGCCCGUGACCGUGCUCAUGCUCUGCUACGGCUUCAUCUGCCGAUCCAUUUGGCUGAACAUAAAGUACAAGACCCAGAAGAGCACGAUUGCGAUGGCACUUGUGACCAAGAAUAGGCUGAUCGGAAAGAGUUCAGUCAGCAGCAUCACCACAAUCUCGCGCGCCAAGCUGCGCACAGUGAAGAUGACUUUCGUGAUCGUGCUGGCGUACGUGGUGUGCUGGGCUCCGUUUUUCACCGUACAGAUGUGGUCGGUGUGGGAUGAGAGCUUCUCGUGGGAUGACUCCGAGAACACCGCAGUCAUCAUCUCAGCUCUGCUGGCCAGUCUGAAUAGCUGCUGUAACCCGUGGAUCUACAUGAUCUUCAGCGGCCACCUCCUCUCUGACAUGGUUCACUGUCUGCCGUGCUGCCGGAGGCUGUUCCACAGGUUUGGCCAUCAGGACUCGAACAGCAGCAUCCGCCACACCACACUCCUGACCCGGGUACCACUCCCGGGCCCUACCCCGGCGGAGCUCAGAGAAAAGCUCUUGCAAAGAUUGCAUUCACCACUCCCACAGGAACUGUCAAUCAAUCCCGGUGGAGUCUUGACUGCGUGCUCACACUAAACACUGUCCAUAUCGUUCAGUUUAUGUGCCACAGCGACGACGGCUGUCGUAGGUUUAGGGGGAGGCUUAAUGGAAACAAUGUGAACAGAGUCAGUGCAUCCAUCUGUCCUGGAGAUUGUGUUUCUGCUCAGAGAGGUAUUCAACGCUCAUCAAUCCGUCAGUGGAAAUGUGGCAGGCUAUAACUAGGAUAUCCUGUCUCUUCUUGCUAAAUGUGAACUGACACAGUCAGGAGGCAUCUAAAACACUCUAAUAUGUAUGCUCUUACAGGCUCUUAUGGGCCAGACUCAUGCAGCGAUCAGAAUCGUUGCCAUUAACCAGUCAUUCCAAAUGAACCGAGAGGUCAGGUCUGUCAGUAUGUGUUGUUCAGUAACUCAUCAUAUGCCUAAUAUAUGGUAAUUGCAAUUUUUAAAUGACAGGUUGACUGUGACUUGAUGAUUGUGUGGUUAUGUUUAGGUUUACAGUACAUUGUCCCAUUAAAAAUGUUUAUAUAUAUUUUUUAAAAGGUUGAAUAAAAA